AAUUGCAGACUUGAUUUUUAAAAUCUCAAUAUUUUCCUAUUUUCUCACUCACAGAUGUAUCUCCAAAUUUUUGGUCUCUCUAUCAGGUCCCAUGCAUAUUAUCAGAUUUUAGCACUUUUUCUUCUUUGUUUAUGUCCCAAGAAUUCACACACCUAUGGUCCUUUUCUCUUACAUUUGCUCAGUUCAGAUAAAUCUUCGGUCCUGUUCUCUCCCUCUUGCCUAAGUCAUGGGUGAAUCCUCACUUUCCCAUCCACCAGUCUCAGGUGAAUCCUCCCACCUUGCUUUCCCUGAGACCCAGGUGAAUUCUCAACUCUUUGCCUCGUCGCCUCUUACUCCAGCCCAGGUGAAUCCUCACAUUUCUUGCUCUUUCUCGAUGCCGGCUGCUCAGUGUCAGGUGGAGUUGCUUUGCUUGCUCGAGUAAUGCCAAUGCGUACUCUCCGCGCCUGCGCCUGCCGUUCGCCCGCCUCCCUCUUCCAGCUGAAAAAAAAAGGCCUAGUGUUACAGCUUUGACUGCGAAAGGACACAAUGUGACUGCUAACUGUUUAGCUGCGCUGUGGGAGCCAAAGCAAGAGAAUCUGCUGCCGCGCGUUAACUGGACUUUGUACUUGUUUGGAGCAGGGAAGAAUAGAAUGGAUUCUGGUGAAACACUGAAGGAAAUGGAAACUGCUGAUGGAAGUCUAUUAAUAAGAUCUAAUGCCAUUUCCACAGAAAUGAUGGCAGAAGUUGACCAGCAACCCCUCAAUCUGACAGUGAGCAAUUCCUUUGGAGGCAAGAAGGUCUCAGAAGAAAAAGGCUGCCAGGCUGUGCCUAUCAAAAUGGAAAGAAUGGAUGAAGAAGCCGAAUCAAGCACUACAAAUGAUGUACAAGACUUUGAUAUAUACAGUGCCAUGGAAUGGAAUAAUGGAGUGGGUUCCUUGCCUGGCAGUGACUUUAAGUUUCAAAUGAAUGAAUUUGGAGCUCUGGAGAUCAUCAGCACUGAAGAACAAGAUGCUGAGACCAGUGCACAGAUUGCUGCUCAAUCUACAAUUGGAAUGAGGAAUGCAUACAGUGUUACUUCUAAUGCACAAGACGUCAUUACUGAAGAUGGUUGCACAAAUGAUUUGCCGAACACACAAGGCAUCUGCUGCUGUGAAAACUGUGGAGGAUAUGGGACUAUGAACAAGUUCAAUAAGAGUGACCAUUUCUGCGGCACACAUUAUCAACAGUUAUAUGAAAACGAACUAUCCAUUAUGGACCAUGUUCCGGUGAAACAAAACACCAGUGUAAUAUUGAAACGAACGAAAAAAAGGAAGAAAAAAGUGAGCGUGAACCCAAAAGAAGAAUCUGAAGAGGAUUUUGAAGAUGACUACAUGGAGGAAGUGCAAGGUGAUGGGAAAAUGAAGAUUCAAAUGCCUGCAGUGUUGACAGAUCGCACUAGCUUCAAAAACAGUGGACUUUCUGACCCAGAUUCCAGGCUUUCUACACAGGCUAAGCCAUCCUCUGGAAAGAAAAAUGCCUGGUCAUGGGUAAAGUAUCUCGGAGAAGAAAAGGCAUUAGCUGCACCGCCAAAACUGUUUAAUAAGUUUCAAUUAGUUCCACAGAAUAAAAAUGGAUUUAAAGUAGGCAUGAAAUUGGAAGGUAUUGACCCUCGACACCCAUCUAUGUUCUGUGUGUUGUCAGUAGCAGAGGUAUGUGGUGUUCGCCUAAGGCUUCAUUUUGAUGGAUAUUCUGAAUGUUUUGAUUUCUGGAUUAACAAUGACUCACCUGAUGUCCAGCCCGUUGGAUGGUGUGAAAAGACCAAUCGCAAAUUGCAUCCUCCUAAAGGUUACAAGGAAGAAGCGUUUAACUGGGCAAGCUAUUUAAAAGUCUGUAAGGCCCAAUCAGCCCCAAAGAAUCUAUUUAAAAUUCAGAAUACAACGAUUACUCCUUCAGGAUUUCGAAUAGGAAUUAAAUUGGAGGCGGUUGACAGGAAGAAUCCCUCUCUGAUAUGUGUUGCCUCAGUGACUGAUAUAAUAGACAAUCGCUUUUUGGUGCAUUUUGAUGACUGGGAUGACACAUAUGAUUAUUGGUGUGAUGCUAGUAGCCCGUACAUCCACCCCGUGGGCUGGUGUCAGGAACAAGGCAAACCACUUACUCCUCCUCAAGGCUAUCACGAUCCAGCCAACUUUUCUUGGAGGAAAUACUUGGAGGAAUUGGGUGCUACUCCAGCUCCAGCCCGUGCUUUCAAAAUAAGACCACCACAUGGAUUCCAAGUGAAUAUGAAAUUUGAAGCUGUGGAUAAACGUAAUCCACUGUUGAUUCGUGUUGCUACAGUUGCAGAUACCGAUGAUCAAAGGAUCAAGAUUCAUUUUGAUGGCUGGAACCAUAAUUAUGAUUACUGGCUCGAUGCAGAUCACCCCGAUAUUCACCCUGCUGGAUGGUGUGCCAAGACAAAUCAUUCAUUGCAGCCACCACCGAAUUCACAGGGUUUUGUUGCAUCUCCGACUCCGGGUGGAUGUCCAACACCUGGAUGCAUAGGCAUUGGACACAUCAAAGGUGCCCGAUACACAGGUCAUCAUAGUGCUUUUGGAUGUCCCUAUUCAGAGCUCAACGUGAAGAAAGAAUCAAUAAUACAUGACAGAUUAGGAGGAGAGAAACUGAUGACAUUGGUGCCAAUUCCUUUUGUUCCAAGAACAAAACGUCUUGAUAGUAAUGGUUCAAAUGGGAAGUUGGAGGGGAGUGUUAAUGAUACAAGAAAAUGUCCCACUCCUGACUGCAAUGGAUCUGGUCACAUAACUGGAAAAUACACUACACACCACCGACUCUCGGGUUGCCCCCUUGCUGAGCAAAACCAGCUUAAGGUCAAAACAGACCCACAAGACGAAGAGAUGUCCACUGAGAAUAAAUCAGUAUUACCAUUUGUCCAUCGCAAAAGGACAAAACACCAGAACAGGCUAACUCGACCAGCAAAAUAUUUGAAAAUCAAAGAGCAUCCAGAUGAUAUUGACCUACACAGUCUAUUCAAAGAUCUUUCCUUUGACAGUAUGCAGCAAGCUCUCCACCAAUCUGUUUUCAUGUCAACCAUGUCUGCUCAUCCAAUUCGUGAUCUCCCACUUUGCUGGGAGCAGCAUUGCAAACUGCUGCCCAGUGUGGUGAACUUUCAAGCUAGCAAGGUGUCCAAGUGGAGUAUUAAUGAGGUCGCAGACUUUGUGCAGACGCUCCCUGGUUGUGAAGAACAAGUAAAGAUCUUUAAAGAAGAGCAGAUUGAUGGAGAAGCAUUCCUUUUGCUGACACAGAUGGAUUUAAUUAAGAUAAUGUGCAUCAAAUUAGGCCCAGCCCUGAAGAUUUACAACUCAAUUUUAAUGUUCAAGAAUUCUGAAGAUGAUUUGGAAUAGACAUUGAGGAUUGGAAAAGGCAGCUGCUAAAUGUUGAUCUUCUUUCUGACGAUUAAUAAAAAAUAAUCUCUAUUUAUGGAUGGCACACAAAACUGUAGAUCAAUUUAUCAGCAAGACUAACAGGGUAUACAAAGAUAAUGAGUUAUUGUUGAUUUAAAGAAACAUUAGUUAUAAAUGGUUGUUAAGAAAAUAUGGUGAAGUCAUUAAAUUGUGAAGUAGUUGGAGAUGAUGCAUUUGGAAGUUGUAUUUGUACAGUGAACAUGUGAAACAUUUUUCAUGCAAUUGUGAUCAAAUUAUAGUUUACAACAUAAAAAUAACAGAGUUGGGCAAAAGUAUUUGACAGCCUGUGAGAUAAUAUGUUUUAAAUAUAACAUGAAUCUACGCACUUUAAAAGUGUUGAGUAAAUGGAUGUUACCCAAAACUUGGAGUAUUGCAGAAAAUGAUCUGUAAACAAGAGCACAAUUAAUCACAUUGAAAACUAAAACUACAUGUAAAAUUCUCAAUUGUAUUUAAAAACAUAUCUUUUAACAAUCAUCUGAUGUUUAGAUGGUGAAAUAUCUUGGAAAUGUAGUUAAUUCUUUAUUUCAUCAGUUGUAUCUUUAAAGCACCCUGUCCCACUGUACGAGGUAAUUCAAGAGUUCUCCUGAGCUUUCCCCUGAUUCGAACUCGGAGAAUGUCCGUAACGGGUCCGUAGGAGUUCGUGGAUGUCUCGUGGUGACUUGUACGAGUAAAAAGUAACAAUCUUUUUUAUCACUAGUAUUUUUUACUCGUGGACAUUUUUUGCAGGGAUGAAAAAACUUCACGAGUUUACCGGGUGUCCCGAGUACCUACUGUUAGCAUUAGGAGUCACUACGAGACAUCCACAAACUCCUACGGACCCGCUACGCACAUUCUCCGAGUUCGAAACGGGGAAAACUUGGGAGAACUCUUGAAUUACCUCAUACAGUGGGACAGGGGCUUAACUCAUUUUCCUGCUUCAACUAAACAAAAGAAUGCAAAGGUCCUCCUUCUUACCUCUUGCCUAUGUGAUGCAAGCCUAUGUCUUCAUUUUGGAAUUGGCACCCCAACAAACAGAACUAGAAAUAAUAAUGAUACAAAAAUGUUUGCAUCCAUUCUAUAUUUAGUCCCAGAAAAAAAAUAAGACCACUCUUCCACACACACAAUGCAAAAUUUUUGCUUCAAGAAAGCAAUUAAUUAUGUACAAACCAAAAUAGAUCAGAAUCCCAUUUAAUGUCUUUGUAUCCAACUGAUUGAACAGUAUGAUGCACGCACUGUUUACCUUUAAUCCUGCAUUGUGCAAUUUGUUUAAUAAUUAUCAUUUAUAAUAUUUUACAGCUUGCAUCCUCCCUAUACUGACACCGAAAGGGAAACCAAUAGUGCAGAGACUCCAAAUUAGUUCAUACUAUAAUGAACUCGGUAUAGUAUGUUUUCUAAUGUAAGAUUUUCAGCAUUCAUACUAUAUUCUUGAUGCAUUCCUGUGGUAUUAAAAACUUACCCGUAAAAGGACAAAGUGCAUUGGUGUCAUAAGUAAUUCGCUCUUAAUAGGUGAUGAGCUCAGUAAUAAAUCAGUGUUUCUUUAGAAAAAUAGUGUGUUUUGAAGUGAUUAAAUUUAAAUGCAUGUGGUUGCAUUUCGAUUUGUUUUCUCAAAUUGGUGGGCAUCGCUGUUUUGUAUAUUUUGUUUUAAGAUAAUUAAUACAUUCUCGUGAAUUGUAUGUGUUUUUUAAUAUUUGUAAAGCAUUUAAUCAUUCCAAAGGGUAUAGGUUACCUAUGAGAUUUUUUCUCAUCAGAUGUAAAUUAUAUUUUCUGUAUUGUAUCAGUAAUAUAUACAAUAUCCAUAAUGAGUAGUGCAUGUUCAUACUCUAAACAAUUGGUUAAUCAUAAUCUGCAUAUUAUCGUGUCAAGAUGGAACAACCAUUUUUUAAAAUAAAUAUUUUACAGAGCAGGAUUCCAAUAUGGUGUAUAUCAAAGUCAAAUGUCAUUGGGUGGGGGUCCAUAUGAAAAGGCAAUGCUACUCUAUUUUACUUUUAGCCAGCCUCAAUUUUUUUAUUUAUCAUUUUGGAUGCAGACCACAAUGUUAUAGGUGUACUUAAGUUAUCCGGGAGUGUACAAGUCUUCAUGAAAAAACUGAGGUAUGAAAAUAAACUUAAUGGAUAUAUUUGGAUUUAUACUUUUUUCAUAUUACUGCAUAUUGAAUAAAAAGAAAGAUCAGUUUUAACACUUGCAUAUUUUUUUCUGGUAAACCUACUUUAUGUUUAAACCAAAUCAAAAGAUGGACAUAAUUGUAAAAAUAAUGUAAAUCAGAUUUUCUCUUCCUUCACAUCAUCUGAAACUCAAAGAUUCCUGGCAAUUUGUGCCUUGUCAUUUCCUGAUGAAUUUGGUCACUAAAGAAACAAUGUGUGCAAAUCAUUGCAAUUUGAAAGAAUUCUGACCAUUUAUAAAUAUCGGAAAUAUGAUGAAUACAAAAUAUGUAAAAAAACAAAUAUCCUGGAAAAAUUUGCUUCAUAAAUUAACCUAAUUAUCUAGCAGUCGUUGCCACAAUUUACAGACACGGAGUUUGCUUUUUUACAGACAGUCACAGAUCACAUUUUUUAUAUACAUAUGAUUUUGGAUAACUGUUGUAAUAGCCUAAGAAUUCUUAUACAAUAACAUCACCAGCAGAUAUAUAUUAUCCUUUGUACUGGUGCUGACAAUGGAGGGUUCAACAAAAAAAACCUCACUUCCUUCAACUUAGUGUCCAGAAAAGGUGGAAAAUAGCUUGAAUGCGUUUUAUAUUUUGACUGAGUAAUAUUGUCAUUAUUAAUAAGUUUCCUUUUCGGUAAACAAAGCCAUAAACUUUAAUCCAUUCUGCUACUAAGUCCAAAAAAUAUCAGUUCAUGAAGCUUGCUACAUUUGUGCAAUGGUGUCUGUUAUUUACAUGUUGAAGAUUAUUAGUAAAAAAAAUACCCUGUGCAGGGAAUGUUUACAAUUAAUCUUUUAUUCUGGCAUGCUGUAUUUACCUAAUUGCAUAUCUUUUUUUAUGUAAUAUUUAUCAAAAGUGAGCUUGCAUUUAAAAAAAUAAAGUCCUGUUAAGUUCAAACUUUCUGCAAUGCUUUGGCCUCAUUUCCUCUGAGUAUCAAUUUUAAUUUGUCACCUG